AAUAUAUUCCAGAUUUCAAGUCAACAAAUAACAUCGCUGACCAUCCAGACUGAAACAGGACAAGAUACAGAACUGAAGGAAAUAAUAAAGAAGCUAAACAACACUUGCGAAGAUUCAGAAUUUACAUUGCUUGAUGGCAUUCUUUUCCGAGGGGACAGAGUCGUAAUUCCAAAAGGUUUACGUUCUACAAUACUAGAGGAACUUCACGAAACUCAUUUGGGAAUAACGAAAAUGAAGCAACUCGCAAGAAAAUAUGUUUAUUGGCCAGGAAUUGACUCCGACAUAGAAAAAUUAGUCAAAGGGUGCAAAGGAUGUGCACUAACAAAGUCAAAUCCACCAAAGGUGUCUAUCCAUCCAUGGGAACUUCCAGCAAAUAACUGGGACAGAAUUCACAUCGACUAUGCUGGCCCGUUCGAAAAUUACUACUUCUUGGUGUGUGUCGAUGCCAAGUCUAAAUGGGCAGAAGUUGAAGUAAUCAGAGAUGCCCCAACAAGUUCUAAAACUAUCCUUCUACUUGAAAAAAUUUUCUCUUCUCAUGGAUAUCCAUAUGUUAUUGUAUCUGAUAAUGCUCAAAUUUUUCAAAGUGAUGAUUCACACCUACAGUUCCAAUCAUGGAAUUUUCCAAAAGUUUAUAGCUCCAGGACACCCUGCAACAAAUGGUCUUGCAGAAAGAAAUGUGCAAACCUUAAAGAGGAAAUUAAAAGCUUCAUUCCUCGAACAAACUUCAAUACCAUUCAAGGUUCAAAACAUAUUGUUUCGCUAUAGAGCAACCCCUCUAGCUUGUGGCAAGUCUCCAGCUGAAUUAUAUCUAAACAGAGAAUUUCGUAUUCGCUUGAACUCUAUCUUCCCAUAUCAUCCAACAACAUCAAAAAUUUCCAGUGGUCCUGUGAGAUCUUUUAAAGUGGGGGAGAGAGUCCAGGUUCGAGUCUUCAUGAACAACCGAAACGUCUGGCAGUUUGGAAAAGUAAUAAAAAAGUUUGGUUCACGCCAUUAUUUGAUUAAGCUAGACUCAGGACGACAACUAAAGCGACAUAUUAACCAACUGCAUUCGACCGGUGUGCCAAUGCAUCUUGAGGAGGACCCUUCUCGAGAGUGCCGUUCUAAUGUUUCCAGUGAUUCAAGACAACGAACUGUGGUUUUUGAUGUUCCACGGAUUCCAGAGAAAGCUCCUGCAAUCUCCUGUGACAACCAGAAUGCUCCCGCGGCAACUCAGAAUACCAGCCAACCUGUUGUGCCACUGCCUCGCCGUUCUCAAAGGAAUAUAAGACUUCCUUCAUACCUAAGGGACUAUCAAUUGUCUUAA